AUGGUCGGAGUCUACGUCGCCAUAAUAACCGACGAAGGUGUCUUCAAGCACUGGGCGAUUUUCAUCGACGAACCUCAUGAAUCCGACAAAAUCAUGCUUCAGGUCCGAGGCUCCGAUGGUCGAUUCCGCUAUGAGCCUGAAUACGGGGAUGCUCGGUGUCUCAGUGGUCUAGACGAAAUUGUAUUCCUCUUUGAUGUGGAAAGCACCAUGACUAGCAUACUGAAGGCUAUCGCCAGGGAGCUUCCCGUUCGAAGCGAUAUUCAUGGGUGGAAUUGUCAGGACUGGGUAUUGGAUUUUCUGAAUAAGUUGGAGGAAGAAGAUAUCAUAAAAGGGGAAGAUAGUGGGUAUAGAGAGCGGAAAUCGUACGUCCAGGGGAAGGUGGAAGGACUUGUGUAG